AUGGGAAAUUUUCGGUUCAGGGCUAGGUGGAGAGGGUGGAUCAAGGAGUGUUUAGUACCGGCCAGAGUGUCUGUGUUAGUGAAUGGCUCCCCUACGGCAAAGUUCAUUCCUGAAAAAGGCCUUAGGCAAGGUGACCCGUUGUCUCCAUUCCUUUUCAAUUUGGUAGCUGAAGGACUGAAUAUGCUAAUGGAUCGAGCCAGAUCUCUAGGGUUGGUUAAGGGAGCUGUAGUGGGCAAAGAUGAGGUGGUGGUUUCACAUCUCCAAUUUGCAGAUGAUACAAUAAUUUUCUAUGAAGCUAACAUGGAGGAGGUCAUGGUAAUUAAACGAAUUUUGAGGCGUUUUGAACUGGUUUCAGGGUUGAAGAUUAAUUUUCAUAAGAGUUCCCUUUGUGGAAUUGGUGUGUCUGAUGAAGGGGUGAAGGAGUUUGCCUUUAGACUUAACUGUGCAAGCCAGAAGCUUCCGAUGAUGUAUCUUGGUCUGCCUUUGGGGGCUAGUCCCAGGUUAAAAAAAACAUGGAAACUAGUCCUCGAAAAAUGCAGAGUUAGAUUAGCUUCUUGGAGGAGGCGAUUCGUAUCUUUUGGUGGGAGUUUGGUGCUUAUAAAAUCUGCGUUAUCUAGUCUGCCUAUCUAUUAUUUAUCUAUUUUCAAGCUUCCUGUAUCUGUGGCUAAGUUUAUAGAAAGGAUUCAAGCAAAUUUUCUCUGGGGAGGGUCUGAUUUGAAGAGAAAAGUUCACCUGGUUAGUUGGCUGGAAGCAACCAAAAGUAAAGAGAAUGGAGGUUUGGGUAUUAGACGAGUCAAGAUGGUUAAUGAGUGCUUGUUGACUAAAUGGUGGUGGAGGUUUGGGACUGAAUCAAACACUUUGUGGAAAAGAGUUUUGUGUAGCAGGUAUGGGUCAGUAGGUGGAAAUUGGCUGCCUAUUACUUCUUUCACUAGUUCUUAUUCAAAAAUCUGGAAUGGUAUUAUUAAUAUAGGUCAAUCUAACCCACAGCUUUUGAGUGUUUUCCUGGAUAAUAGUCGGGUGGUGGUGGGAAAUAGGAAUAGAAUUCAGUUUUGGACUGAUUACUGGAUGGGGGCUUACUGUGUUAAGAAUGAAUUUCCUAGGUUGUAUAGUCAUUCAACUGAAAAGGAGGUGUCUCUGAGAGUGGUGUUACAGAGGAAUGAAGCCUCACCUAGGUGGAUGUUCAGGUUUAGAAGAAGGUUAUUGGGUUGGGAGGAUGAUGAGCUUAGAAGGUUGAGUACCUUUUUGGAUCAGAAUUUGGUUGGCCUUACAGAUAGGGAGGAUGGUCUUGGGUGGUUAGCAUCUCCAUCUGCUGAGUUUUCUGUCUCAUCUCUGUAUUCUUUGGUUGUGCCUUCAUCUCGACUAGUGGUAACAAAGUUAAUAUGGAAUAAAUUUUCUCCCCCAAAGGUUCAAUUUCUAGUUUGGCUAGAGUGGAAGGGGAGACUAAAAACUGCUGGUUUUCUACAAAGGAUUGGUGUGUUGGAGCCAGAAGCCUCUGCUAUGUGUGUGUUAUGUAAUGAAGGGCUUGAAUCUGUAUUUCAUCUCCUUAUUUGGUGCCCGUUUGCUUGGAGAAUUUGGUGUGAUCUGAUACAGUGGUGGGGAUUGACUUGGGUAAUCCCACAAACAGUGGAAGGGAUUCUUAAUUGGUGGAGGGGCAUCAAGUCGAGAAAUAAUCUGAAUAUGAUCUGGCGAAUUAUACCAUUUGCGGUAUUGUGGUCGUUAUGGAAAUUCAGGAAUGAGAAAGUUUUUUGUGAAAGUCAAAUGCACUUGGAGGAGCUGUGUGAAUUAAUCAAGACAAGGAUUGCAUUGUGGGCCAAAUUUUACAUUCAGGAUUGUUGUUACUCAGUGCAGCAGAUUAUCUGCAACAUUCAGGAGAUUCAGCAUGGAAAUGGUUCUGUGGUGGCUUGGAGUGAGAGGACAUUUGGCAUAAGCUGUGGUUGUGUGAAAUGUGCUCUGCUAGUGGUCAUUAAUCUGGAUCAAAUUUGUUGGCUGGUAUCAGAGGUUCAAUCCUUGCUUGAUGAUCUGUUGGUGUUUCCAAGGCUAUUCCUGCUAUCAGAAGAGAAUGGUGGAUCAGUGCAGGACAUUAAUAGUAACAGGGCUGUGUUAGGGGAGUGGAAGUUGAAUUUUAGAAGAUGUUUGUUCUCUUGGGAGUUGGAAGAGGUUGCCCAUCUUCUUCAUCUGUUGGAGUCUGCUCUUGUGCUUAUUAAUUCUGAAGUUGAUUGCCUUAGGUGGACUGCUACUCCAUCAGAUUUGUUCUCUGUUAAACAGAACACUUGCACCUUGUGCACUUUUUGUGGGUCUGAAGUCGAAUCUAGGGAUCAUGUGGUAACUCAUUGCGAAGGAGUGUGGAGAAUAUGGGCUGAGAUUUUGGCUUGGAUCGGAGUUCAAGGGGCAUUACCUGGGUCUAUCAACAAUCUUUUGAUUUUGUGGGAGCGAGUUAAAUUCAAAGGGGUCAGUAAAUUGGUUUGGGAGGCUGCUCCUGCUGCAAUAAUCUGGAAUGUUUGGAAAGCUAGGAAUGCAUGCAAGUUUGAGGGGAAGAGAUUCCAUUGGUUGAGUAUAUUGGAUGUUAUCAAAAUCAACAUAGCUCUUUGGGUGAAGUAUCACAGUAAAGUUCUCAUCAACUAG